AUGACUCUCAAGGAGGAAUUCGCCACUCGCAACUUCAGUAUCUAUGGGCAAUGGCUCGGAAUCCUUUCCAUGAUCCUGUGCUUCGCGCUGGGUAUCGCGAACAUCUUUACCGGCCAUGUCGUCAUCAUCAUUCUCAGUAUUGUCUGCCUCUGCUCAUCGUUUGUCAUCCUCUUCAUUGAAGUGCCGCUGCUGCUCCGAAUCUGCCCGACCUCGAGCACCUUCGAUGCCGCCAUCCGCCGCGUCUCGACCAACUACAUGCGCGCCGCCGCGUACGGCGCCAUGGCCCUGGCCCAGUGGCUGACCCUGCUCGCCCGAGCGACGAGCCUCAUCGCCGCUGCGGUGGUGCUGACCCUCACCGGCCUGUGCUACCUCCUUGCCGGCGUCAAGGGCCAGGCCUUUGUCGGCAGCAAGACGCUUGGUGGCCAGGGUGUUGCGCAGAUGAUCGUAUAA